UCGAGCUAAAUCUGUAGGAGCAGAGGUGGAUUGAGUUACAUGAGAAGCACACGCCACUCGCAAACUUUCAGGAUCACCACCGUCCACUGCAACACGAUUUCUCUCAGAAGCGGGCACAAGUUGAUAAUCCAACUCAAACAGAUGGUGAUACUAGAUGUCUUAAUAGUAGGGGGUGGACCUCAUGCCUUGACCCUUGCUACCUUGCUAUCCCACCAUGGCCCUGAUCCAAACACAGACCCUGAACAUGUCUCACCCCUCUCGGACCCUGCGAGGCCUCAGACAAACUCAGAGACGUCAAACAACAAACGCUGCAGAGGCCAGAAGAAGAAGAAGAAGAAGAGGGCAACAGCAGGCCUGACUUUUGGGGAGUGCCUAGCAAAGUCAACACUAUCAGAGAGGGCCGAUUGUCCCCCGCUGAAUCUCCGAGUGGUAGAUUCCUAUGGAGAGUGGACCACACUGUGGGAGAGCCAAUUCACAACUCUGAACAUCCCUCACCUGCGCUCACACACACUGGUGCACACAGACCCUCUCAAUAAGAAAGCACUGCAGGAGUUUGUUUUGAAGUUGGAUCGUACAGCAGAGCUUUACAGUCUUUCAGACCAAGUUUAUAUUCUAGAUGAAAAUGCAUUUUUUAAUGAUAUGAGGCUCGGCAGGAAGGAAAGGAAACGUCUCAAUGUCGCCUCAACACUCAAAAAGAGUUUGUCCUUCAGUCUGCCAGGAACCAAAAUAAGUGUGGAUUUCUUUAAAGAUCAGGUGGAAAGAUACAACUUGGAUAAACUGCUGGUGAAAGGAACAGUGGAGUACAUCCGCCCUGUGCUGGAAGGCGAUGAAAAAGGGGAAGAAGAGACAGAUUGGAUGAAAGAGAGCGAGGACAUCAGAGUGACAGAGAGGAAGAAAUUCAAAUAUUUUGUAGUCAAACUUCAAAAAGGCAUCAAACUUAAAGUCCGCCAGGUCGUUAUGGCUACAGGUCCAACCCGUGCCCAGAUGGCAAACAUCCCUUCAUGGGUGAAAAGCAUUGAAGAAAGCUACCCAGAGGAGCGUCUGCAACACACUGUGCACCUCAUGCACCACCUGUCAACUGCUAAGCAAAAGCUUAAUGAUGAUGAGAGACUGAAUGAGACUUUUCCUUCUCAAGAAUUGUGUGUAGUGUGUGAGGCAGGGCAGAGAGUAAUGGUAGUUGGUGGAGGUCUGACCAGCGCUCAUGUCGUCUCAAUUGCCCUGCAGAAAGGUGCCAGCCAUGUGACCUGGGUUAUGAGGAAGCACCUCCAGUUGAAGCAGUUUGAUGUGGGCGACGUGGAGAGCUUGGUAGGUCGAUACUCCCAUGUGGAGCAUGGCAUCAAGAUGGAUGGCCAGGCCUACCUAAGGCAGUUCUAUAAUGAACGCAGUCUCCACAAACGGCUGGCCAUGAUUCGCCAGGCGAGAAAAGGAGGGGCCGUCACCCCCGAGGCCUACAUCUACCUACAGCCAUUCAUCCUGAGGGGACAGGUGGACGUGAAGACUUACUGUCAGGUGAGUGAAGCCAGUUGGUGCUACAGGAGCCAGGCCUGGAGUCUGUCCCUCAGCACCGGGGCCCACUGGUCUGGAGAUAUGAUAUGGCUUGCCACCGGCUGCAAACUUGAUGUCAAACAGGACCCGCUGCUUUCUGAGGUGAUGAAGGAAUUCCCCAUUCAGGUGAUAGAUGGUUGGCCAUGCAUUUCGGAAAGCUUAAAGUGGACAGAAGGCUGCCCGCUCUACCUGAUGGGGCAGUACACUGCUCUUCAGGUUGGACCUCAUGCAGUAAACCUUGCCGGUGGACAGGCUGCAAGUAUGCGAAUCGCCAAAGAUAUCAUGCGGGUUCACAAACAGGACGAUCCUGAUGCUUCUGAACUGAGUGAGGAGAAAUCAAAAACUGAAGAAUAUAUCCAACAGAUGCAGGGCCUAUUAUGGCUUUAGUGUUUGGAUUGUGUCUGAACAGCCUCAUGUCGACUUAUGUGAUGAGUGGAAUGCACUAAGAUAUUCAAUCAUUUAUAAAUUACUUUAAUCGUGCUGUAAAACUGACUUUACGGCUUUUGGGAAAUCACACCUAUUAUAAUUCAAAUAAAGACAUGUUCAUCUUUAAAGGCAGAAUCUGAAUUAUUUAACAUUAAUUUGAGGUACAUUCACAGAUAGAGUUUUGUGUUUCUCAUCGAUCUGUGUAUAUGAGUGCUCACAAUAUGGCUAAUGUAAGCACAUUAUAAACAAUGUAUUUUUUUCUUAGCCCGUAGUGGUUUGUAUGUUAUUAAUAUUGCAAAUAAUUGGGAAAAGUGAUUCUGGGAAAUAAAUGCAAAUUGACUAGGA